AUGGAGGCACCGGACGUGAGUGAAGGAGCGGCGAUGGAAGUGUGUUGGGCGAAGACAUCGGUGGAAGUGCGGGAGGUGGUUGAUGGGGAGAAGAUGAAAUGGCCAUUUGAUCCUCCUGACUGGCAAGAAAUUUUGGCUUAUUUUAAAGGAUCUGAGCUGCACGAUUACUUCAUCCGUUUUCUUGUAGAAAAUUUGAAGGGAAGCUGCAAGCCCCAGCACGUGUGUAACAUCCCUAGAGUUGUUCAAGGCAAUGUUGGGAAACUUAUUUGUGUGGCAGAAGAUAAUGCAAGAGAUAUGAUACAAGAACUUGAUUUGACUGAGCUUAUGGACCGUAAUAUGGAAGAUUUAUCCUGUGGAGAGCUUCAGAGGGUUGCAAUAGCUUUUGCUGCUCUAAAGAAGGUAGAUAUCUUUUGUUUUGAUGAGCUUUCCACUUUUCUUGAUGUUAAACAAAGACUCAAAGCUGCCCAAAUUGUCAGAUCCUUGGUGAGGCCUGAUAAGUAUGUGAUUGUGGUAGAGAAUGAUCUUAGUGUGCUUGAAUAUUUGUCGGACUCGAUAUGCUGCAUUCAUGGGAGACCUGGGGUGCAUGGCCUAGUUACUCUUCCAUUCUCUGUUACAGAAGGAAUUAAUAUUUUCCUGGCUGGAUUUGUGCCAACCCAAAAUCUUAUGAUUAGAUAUAAACCUCUCAAGAGUUUUGUGGCUGCACGACAAAGUGUUGCAUACAAGUAUCCAACCAUGACUUUGACUCGGGGAAACUUCAGGCUCAAGGUUGAGGAGGGUGAAUUCACUGAUUCGCAAAUUCUUGUGAUGCUCGGACAAAAUGGGACAGGAAAGACGACCUUCCUACAUAUGCUCGCUGGUCUUUUAAAGCCUGAUUCUGAUAUGCUGGAAAUUCCCAAGUUCAAUUGCUCUUACAAGCCACAGAGGAUUGAUAGUAUUAAACCUGAGUAUGAGAUUAGCGUAAAAAUGUUGUUGCGUGCAAAUAUUCCCGAUGCAUUCAGGAAUCCUCAUUUCUUAUGCAAUGUGUUCGAACCUCUAUCGAUUCAAAAAUUUGUGAAUAAAGAUGUUGGGUACCUUUCUACUGGAGAAUUGCAGAAGCUUUCUCUCACUCUCUGUCUUGGAAAGCCAGCUGAUGUAUAUCUGAUAGAUGAGCCAAGUACAUAUCUCGACUCAGAGACUCGUAUUGUUGCUUCAAAUGUCAUAAAGAAUUUCAUACGUCAUGUGAGGAAGACUGCAAUCGUUGUGGAGCAUGAUUUCACCAUGGCAACAUAUCUUGCUGAUAGGGUGAUUGUGUACGAGGGAAAGCCAUCCAUUGAUUGUGUUGCCAAUUCACCUCAAUCGCUUUUGACCGGAAUGAACCUCUUCUUAUCCCACCUGGAUAUCACACUCAGAAGGGACCCCACAAGUUCGCUGCAUCGAUAUAACAAACAUGGCUCGACCGAGGAUCGGGAGCAGAAGGCUACUGGAUCAUACUAUUAUAUGGGUGACUAAAUUGCAAAACUAUGCUUCCUUGAUUACAAUAAGAAUAUGAGGAUUAAGGAACAAAUACUACAUCUAUUCAAACUAUUAAAUUGUGCAAUCUUAUAUUAUAUUAUUUCAGCUUUACCCUUCUAUGUUGGUGGUUCUUUUUAUUUUGAAAUUUUCACUGAGCUAUCUAAAGAUGUUAAGAGUUGUUCACAUAAAUUUCAUUGGUGGUUUUUUUUUAUUGCGUUAUUACAUUGUUCAAAUCUAGGAUAACAAAGGUUGAAUCCUUUAAUUAGUGAUGUAUAGUUUGUACUCGUGCAUGUGAGUAUAUAUAAUAUGUGUGUGUUUUUUGGC